AUGGACUUGAAUACAUAUUUAUUAGAUAUCUUUAAUAUUAAUAAAUGUGAAAUUUUAAGUAACAUUCAAAAUAAUAGUAAUUUGACUAUAAAUAGAAUAACUGAAGAUAUAUAUAAUAAGAUCAAUAAUGUUAGAACUUCUGAAGAAAUAAAUAUUAAAAAUAAUAAUAGUUCUAAUAGAAUUAUACAAAUAGUUGAAGUAAAUAAUAUACAAAGUGGAAAUAAUAAAUUGGAUAAUUUAAGUAAAAUAGAAUAUGUUAUUAAUAAAUUAAAUAAUUCUAACUAUAAAAUAGAGAAUAUUGAUAAAAAAUUAGGAGAUGAUAAUAUGGAAUUUGAAAAUAUAUUAAUAGAAUCAAAUAUUAAAGAUCAAAAUAUAGAAUUAUAUACUAAUAAAUUGAAAGAUAAUAAAAAAAUUAAUGAUAUUAAACAAUUAGAAAAUAAAACAAGGGAUAUACAAAUUGCUUUGGAUGAAGUAGGAAAUUUAAAAAAAUUAGAAAUUCUUUCAGAUAAUGAAGAUCCUAUAAAAUUAUCAAUUCUCCCAAUAUAUGUAACAAGUUCUAUAUAUUAUAGUUUAUAUAAAUUACUACAACAAUUUAAUAAAUACAAAUUAUAUCAAAUUUAUAUUUAUUUAUUAUAUAAGAAAAUAUUUAAUUUAGAUAUAUAUAAAUUAUUACAAUCAUAUAUAAUAUCUGAUUAUCAAUAUAUAUAUAUAUUAUUAAAUAUAUAUAAUAAAUUAUAUAUGAAAAUUUCAAAAUGGAUUUAUUCAAUAUAUUAUUUAUUAUUAAAUUUACCAAUAAUUGUAUCAAAUCCAUCAAGUAAUUCUAUAUCAGGUAUUAAAAUAUGGAUGUUAUCAUUAUUUAUUACAUUUUUUAUUUUCAUUACAAAAUAUAUAUUUAUAAAUAAUAAGAAAACUAUUAAAACUUGUCCUUGGGAAUGUACCGAGAAAAAACUUAGAAAUCUCAGAAAUAUUCUUGAGAAGAAUUUCUUACAAAAUGAACAAAAAUUAAUAUAUGGAAAAGAUUCUUAUUCUGUAUGUGAAUAUAUUAAUAAUGAAAAUCUACUUGAAAAUUCUAAUAUUGGAGAUACUAAUUUAGAAGAUAUAAUAAUACGUUUAAAUGAAUGUACCCAGAUAUUUAUACAUUUAGCUAAUGGUAUUAGCCAUAGAACACAAACUUUAAAUUUAAAUAUUUAA